AUGCCAAAAUUAGAACAAUUCGAGAUAAAGAAAUAUUGGCAGAUCUUUUCUGGCUUGAAACCUGUCGAGAAUAAGGUAACACAUGAUCAGGUUCUUCCAAUUCUAUACAAUUCGAAGCAGGAUUCUUCAGUGUUGAAUAAGAUAUGGUUCCUGGCAGAUAUUGAUGAUGAUGACAACUUAGAUUUUGAAGAGUUCGUGAUUUGUAUGAGAUUGAUAUUUGAUAUGGUUAAUAAAAAUAUUUCAAGCGUACCUGAUGAAUUACCAGAUUGGUUAGUUCCUGGAAGUAAAGCGAAAUUAGUUAAAGAACGUAAGAAAUUAAAGCAGGAAGAAAAUGCUGAUAUCCCAAAGAAGGAAGCACCAAAAGUUGAUUGGUAUAUGUCCCCAGAAGAUAUGAAAGAAUACAAUAGUAUAUUAGAAUCGUGUAAUAGAUCUACUGAUGGAACCGUUACAUUUCCUUCCCUAACAUUAGUGUUGAAAUCAAAAUUCUUCAAUAUAGGUUCUAGUGAUUACGAUAAAACUUGGAAACUUGUUAAUCCAAAGAAUUUAGCUUCAAUAGAUAAGGAUCCCGCAUUAUACUUUAUUCAUAUUUUAAGACAAUGUAAUGAUGUAGGCUCAGAAAUCCCAUCAGAUUUACCAAGAGCAUUAGCUGAAAUUGUAAACAAACAAGAAAUUCAAUAUGAUUUGAAAUCUAGUCAGGCAGAUGUCAAGAGAAAAACUGAACCCUCACCAUCAUCUAAUGACACUAAUAAUACACCAGUAAACAAACAAUCACAAGCAACUCAAUCAUCUUUUGAACAUUCACAACAACCAAUAAAUCCAAAUACACAGACGACCACUACUCUAGAUAUUGGAAACGUCACACCAGAAAAGGCUAGAUUAUUAAGGCAACAAUUUGAAGGUUUAUUGAACUAUAGAAAAAAACAAGCUAUUGCUAGUAAGAAUCCAUCCAAUAGUAUUACAAAUUCAGUGAAUUUGAGAUCUAUUACUAAUGAUUUAGAUAAUAUUGAACAACAAGUUUCUAUUUUACAAAAUGUUCUGAGUGAUAAAAAGAGAGAAUUAAGUUUGUUAGAACAAGAAAUUCAAUCAAUGAAAUAA